GGAGCACAAAAGCUAGCUUGGCUGACAUGAUCCUCCCCCUUGGGUUGAGCUGGAUGCUGUCGUCGGUGGGAUUGUGCGCCCAUUCUACAGAUGAGAUUGAGGACAGCAAAGAAUCGACUCUUAAAGGAGACGUAGCGGGAGAGGUGUCCCAAGCUUCCAUUUUGCUGCUCCUCCUUGGGAUCCCUCUGUUUCCUCAGUCCUCGAUUGAUUGGAGGCCGGAAGAAGGCCGGGAGCCACGGGCCCUGGCGCCCCACCAGGACGAGGGGCCCCCGACCAGGAGCCCCCAGGGGGAUGGAGCCUGCGGGAGUGAGUCCGGCCGACAGGAGUCCAGCGAGGCCUUCCGCCAGCGCUUUCGGUGGUUCCGCUACCAGGAGGCGUCGGGGCCCCGCGAGGCCCUGGGGCGCCUGCGGCAGCUGUGCCACCUGUGGCUUAGGCCGGAAGAGCACACCAAGGAGCAGAUCCUCAAUCUGCUGGUGCUGGACCAGUUCCUCAGCAUCCUGCCUGCCGACACCCAGGCCUGGGUGAAGAUUCAGUGCCCCAAGAGUGGGGAGGAGGCCGUGGCCCUGGUGGAAGAUUUACAGGGAGGCCUCGGUGGGCCACGUCAGUGGGAAGGGUCCGAGGAGGUCACGGCGUCCCAGGGAGGAGCAGAAGAGUCACUGCCUGCAUCUUGCGUGGGCUCCUCAUCACAAGCUCUGCAGCCUCCACAAAGACCUUCCCUUCCCCAGGACACAAGCCCGGGAGGUGAGAAAAUGCCUGCUGUGCUUGAGGAAGCCAGGACUCAGGGAGCAGUGACAUUGGAGGACGUGGCCGUGACCUUCACCCCUGAGGAAUGGCAGCUUCUGGCCCCGAGUCAGCAUAAAUUGUACUGGGAUGUGAUGCUCGAAAACUUUGUGAACCUCGCCUUGCUGGGUAAAUGCUCUACCUUUCCAGUUAAGACUAAGGAACCGAAGCAGGAAAUUGUUGAAGCAGCAGAUUUCCACGGGGCAUUCUUGAGACAUCUACAACAGAAUAUUCCAGUGACUUCUGUGGAUGGACAAAUCUGUGAAAAUGAGAGCAAAUCGGAAAGGCCCGGCAGAUGUCCUAGCAUCACGAGGACAAGGCAAUUCCCCAGCCAGGUCAGAGGGUUCAGAAAGGUCAUCGAAGUUCCCGAGAAAUCCUCCAAAGAGAAGAAAACUGAUGACUGCAAAGUAUGUGGCAAAGGCUUCCCUUUUCACUCUCAUCUCAUUCUACAUCAGAGAAGCCAUAGCAGAGAGAAACCCUACAAAUGUGAGGAAUGCGAGAAAGGCAUCUGUAGCCAUUCCCACCUUAUUACGCAUCAGAGAAUUCAUACCAUAGAGAAACCUAGUAAGUUUAAAGAGUGUGGAAAAGCUUUGGACUUUCACUCAUCCCUUGGUUAUCACCAGAGGAUUCAUACUGGAGAGAAACCCUAUAAAUGUCCCGAAUGCCAGAGUACCUUCAGUUUUAAGGCAUCCCUUGUUUGUCAUCAAAGAAUUCACACUGGAGAGAAACCUUACCUGUGCAGUGACUGUGGAAAGGCCUUCAGGUGUCAGUCCUCCCUCACAUGCCAUCAGAGGAUUCAUACGGGAGAAAAACCCUACAAAUGCAAUGAGUGUGGAAAAGCGUACAGACAACCUUCGCACCUUAGUAGGCACAAGAGUGUUCACACAGGUGAGAGACCGUAUGUGUGUAGCGAGUGUGGAAAAGCCUUCAGCCACCAGUCAUACCUCGCUAAACACCGCAGAACUCACUCUGGAGAGAAACCCUUUAAAUGUGCUGAAUGUGGAAAAGAUUUCAGCGGUCAGUCAGCACUAAUUUCCCAUCAGAGAGUUCAUACCGAGGAGAACUGUGUCAAAUGUGGGAAGGCCUGUGCUCAUCGCUCGAACCUCAUUAAACAUCAGGGAAUUCACACCGAAGAGACACUUCACAAAUAUGAAUAUGGGAAAGCCUUCAGGCAUCCCUCAGUCUGUACUGAUCAUCAGAAAGUUCACACUGAAGAGAAACCCCACAAAUGUGAAGAGUGUGGAAAACCCUUCCAUCGUCGCUCAGACCUUAGAAGUCAUCAGAGAACUCACGCUAAAGAGAAGCCCUAUACAUGUGCUGAAUGUGGGAAAGGCUUCACUCGGCAGUCACAUCUCAUUUUGCACCAGAGGAUUCAUACUGGAGAGAAACCCUGCACAUGUCAUGAAUGCGGAAGAGCCUUCAGACGUCACUGGACCCUCGUCACUCAUCAGAGAACUCACACUGGGGAAAAGCCCUAUGGAUGUAACGAAUGUGGAAAAGCCUUCAAAUGUCGCUCGACCCUCGUCACUCAUCAGAGAACUCACACUGGGGAAAACCCUAUGGAUGUAAUGAAUGCGGAAAAGCCUUCACCUGUUGCCUGAACCUUUCUAGACAUCUCAGUGUUCAUAAAUGAAAGAAGGAUGCAGGCACGAGGGUGUAGGUGAGGCAGAAGGGAGAGUGUUCUGAGUUCUAUGUUCCAUGGCACUCUGAGGACCAGGGUCAGCCCAAAGUUAUCCCGCUUACUCCCCUACUGCACCAGUGUUUGGAAGACUCCCUGAGGCUGUCGUUGCCCUCGCCUUCGAGCCCUAUUGGCCUCUUUCCAGAAUGGCAAGGAGAGGACAAAGCAGCAGGUGUCUUAGGAAAGUUUUUGAAGUCGGGGGAAAUUGGAACAAUCACUGCUGUAACUGUUGGACUCUUAUUAAACAGCCCCUUCCUGCAGAGCCAGGGCAGGAAACCAUACCUCCUGUGACCUUAUUCAUAUGUUCAUUUCAUAUGUUGAUUCCUAGACUUUUUCUAACCUCUGCUCAAGGUCUCUAUCUCUCCAGGGAUCAUAAUAAUAAUAAUGAUGGUAUUUGUUAAGCACUUACUAUGU